UUUUUUUUUAAUGUCCGAAAAGUAUUCAAAUAAAGGCUGAGAAGCGCUGACGCAUUUGUCAGAAACCUGACAACUGCCUUUAAAUCUCUUCACACUUACCCCUUCGUCUUUCCUCUGUUUCUCUCUCUCUCUCUCUCAUUGUGUUUAAACAGUGGAGAACAGAGAAGAAAUUUUCGUAUCUCUCUGUUUGGUUUGUGUUAAAUCUUUUCUUCUUGGGUGGUGGGUUUUUUUUUUUCUUGCUUCUCUUUGUCGCUAGUUUUAAAAGCUGUCUCCUUUGUUUCUCGAAUUGAAAAUAACUUCCACGCAAAAAAAAAAAAAAAAAAAACAAUUUUUGUAAUGAAGAUGCAGAGCCCUAAAAUGGAGCAGGAUGAGGUAGAGGAGAGGAGAAGGAAGAAGUGGCCUUGGAUGAAGGAGGCUCAGUUUAUGGAGUUUCAGAUGCAAUCUUUGGUGUAUAGAUACAUAGAGGCUGGUCUUCGUGUGCCUCAUCACCUUGUGGUGCCUAUUUGGAAUAGUCUUGCUCUCUCUUCCUCCUCUAAUUACAGCUGUCACUCUUCUUCUCUGAUGAGUAAUAAAGGUUUAAACCAUAUCGACACAGUGGAACCUGAACCCACAAGGUGCAGGAGAACAGAUGGGAAGAAAUGGCGGUGUAGUAACACGGUCCUUCUAUUUGAGAAGUAUUGUGAACGGCACAUGCAUAGAGGCCGUAAACGUUCAAGAAAGCUUGUGGAAUCAUCUGAGGUUGCUUCGUCGUCUGCUUCAUUAACCAAACACGACAACACUUAUGGUUUGGAAAGAAAUAACGAGAGUGAGAGUGUUCUUCCUGAGACAAUGUCGGGUUCUAGUAAUGCGCAAGUAGUUACCAUUGCUUCAUUGCCUAGUGCCAGAGCCUGUGAUAAUGUCAUUCCUCCGUCUUUAGUGAUCUCUGAGUCCACAAAAAGAAGUGUGAGUCACGGUGAAAGGAGCAGAAGGAACACGGAGAUGAGUUAUGAUGACUUUGUCAAUAAAAAAGAGUCAAGUAUGUGUGUGAGAGUUGUUCCCCUUGAAGGUGAUGAGAGCUUACCUUCUGUCCAAAAGUUCUUCCCGGAGGUAUCUGAUAGUUCCUUACAAGCUGCACGAUUCUCAGGCAACAGGAAGAAUGAAAUAAUUGCAAGAAGCAGAGAAUGGAAAAAUAUGAAUGUUGCUAAUGGUGGCUUGUUUCAUUGUAUCCACUUUUCUCCAGACACUGUUCUUCAAGAUCGUGGUGGGUUUCAAUUACAAAGAGUUGAAACAGACAAUGAACCAGGAAGGUGCCGAAGAACAGAUGGGAAGAAGUGGAGAUGCAGCAAAGAUGUUUUAUCUGGUCAGAAAUAUUGUGAUAAGCACAUGCAUAGAGGUAUCAAGAAGAAGCAUCCAGUGGAUACUACUGACUCACAUGAGAAUGCCGGGUUUAGCCCGUUAACUGUGAAAACAGUUGCUAGAUCUGUGUCCUGCAAAGAUCGAGAUGACCAGAAGCUCUCUGUUUCAGUCAUGGGUGUUCCACUGUCCCGCGUUUCUGAUGAGAAGAGCACUAGUAGUUGCAGUACCGACACCACUAUUACUGACAUAGCUUUAAGGGGUGAAGAAGACAGUGAGGAGAUAUUAUCAUUAUGUUCUUCAGGUGUUUAGAAGCAUAUAAUUGUUGUUCUUUUGAUGGUUUUAGUUUCUAUCUAUCGAUCUUUCUGUGUUAGAUGUUAGAAGAAGUCAAAUCGCAGAAAAUUAUGGAGACACGAAUCUUGUUUUGAUUAACAUAGAGAUAAAUGAGGCAUAAUUAUCA